UACACGCCCUCCUGCUAACGCAUUAAAACACAAAGACGCCCUUGCACGUCCCACUCCCACGUCUGCAACCUCCAUCAGCCGUGCAGCUCCUCUUUCCUGCGAUCCAUCUCACGAACUCUUGUCUUCAGAGCCAUCAUGGUUUCCCAUAAGGAGUUUCAAGGUGCAGGGAAGGCGCCUGGUCUGCAGGUGUGGCGCAUCGAGAGCAUGGACCUCAAGCCGGUUCCCAAAGCUCUGCAUGGCUGCUUUUACACCGGGGAUGCUUAUCUCCUGCUCUUCACCACCUCUGCACCGUCUUAUAACAUACACAUGUGGCUGGGUGAUGAGUGUUCGCAGGAUGAGAGCGGAGCGGCAGCCAUCUUUGCCACACAGCUGGAUGAUUUCCUGGGUGGUGGUCCGGUGCAGUUCAGGGAGGUGCAGAGUUAUGAGUCCAACACCUUUCUGGGGUACUUCAAGUCAGGCAUCAAGUACCAGAAAGGGGGCGUGGCCUCUGGUUUUCAACAUGUGGUGACCAAUGACAUGAACGUGAGGCGUCUGCUUCACGUCAAGGGUCGCAGGACCAUCAGAGCAACUGAGGUGGACAUGUCCUGGUCCAGCUUCAACAAGGGCGACUGCUUCAUCAUUGACUUAGGAAAGGACGUGUAUCAGUGGUGUGGCAGUGAGUGUAACCGCUUCGAGCGAGUGAAGGCCUCUCAGGUUGCCAUCGACAUCAGAGAUAAUGAGAGAAACGGCAGAGCGAAGGUGCACAUGGUGGAAGAGGGUGAAGAGCCGGCUGAAGUCAUCGAGGCUCUAGGGCCAAAAACUAGCAUCGCUCCCAGCACUCCAGAUGAUGACAAGGUGGACACUUCCAACAGGAAGAAGGGCGCCCUCUACAUGAUCUCAGAUGCUUCUGGCUCCAUGAAGGUGACAGCCGUGGCGGCAUCCAGUCCCUUCAAACAGGCCAUGCUAUCUCCUGAGGAGUGCUACAUUCUGGACAACGGCGUGGACAAGAACAUCUUUGUAUGGAAAGGUCCAAAGGCCAAUACAUCAGAGCGUAAAGCAGCCAUGUCUGCAGGGCAGCAGUUCAUUAAAGACAAAGGAUACAGCAAUAAGACGCAGAUCCAAGUCCUGCCUGCAGGAGGCGAGACGUCUCUUUUUAAACAGUUCUUCAGUGACUGGAAGGACAAGGAUGAGACUACAGGACCCAGUAAGGCCUACGCCAUCGGUAAAAUAGCCAAAGUGGAGCAAAUUCCCUUUGAUGCCUCCACCCUACACUCCAACAAAGCAAUGGCAGCUCAGCACGGCAUGGUGGACGAUGGCAAGGGGAAGAUCCAGAUCUGGCGAGUUGAGAAUGGUGAAACGGUGCCUUUGGAUCCCGCCAGCUACGGCCAGUUCUACGGUGGCGACUGCUACCUCAUCCUCUACAGCUACAAACAGGGAAGCCGGGAGCAGCACAUCAUAUACACCUGGCAGGGGCUGAAAUGCACACAGGAUGAACUGGCAGCUUCAGCGUUCCUAACAGUGAGACUGGAUGACUCAAUGGGAGGAUCACCGGUUCAGGUGAGAGUAACUCAGGGUCAGGAGCCUCCCCACCUUAUGAGCCUCUUCCAGGGCAAACCCAUGAUCAUCCACAGCGGAGGAACAUCACGCAAAGGUGGACAGUCACAGACCAGCAGCACUCGCCUCUUCCACAUCAAGCAGAGCUCGUCCCGCGCCACCCGGGCUGUGGAGGUCAAAGCUUCUGCCUCUAAUCUGAACACCAACGAUGUGUUUGUGCUGAAAUCCCCGAGCGCCCUGUUUGUGUGGAGGGGUGUGGGCGCCAGUGAUGAGGAGAUGCAGGCGGCCAAGCAUGUGGUGGGCUUUUUGGGUGGGAGUGCCAGUAAUGUGUCAGAGGGCAAGGAGCCAGCUGAUUUCUGGUCGACCCUGGGAGGCAAAAAAGAGUACCAGACCUCCAAGAGUCUGCAGAGCAUGGCCAGACCCCCUCGUCUGUUUGGCUGCUCCAACAAAACCGGACGACUCAUUGUGGAAGAGGUACCUGGAGACUUCACACAGUCAGAUCUGGCCACUGAUGAUGUCAUGAUCUUGGAUACCUGGGACCAGCUCUUCCUUUGGGUUGGCAACGAAGCUAACGAAGAGGAAAAGAAAGGAGCUCCUAAAAUAGCAAAAGACUAUGUAGACUCGGACCCCUCUGGUCGUAGAGGAUUGCCCAUCACCACCAUCAAACAGGGGGCCGAGCCUCCAACAUUCACUGGCUGGUUCCAGGCUUGGGAUCCCAAGAUGUGGGAGACAGAUCCACUGGAUAGAAUCCGUGCCCGUUUCUGAACACAAAACUCCUUGUCAUCAAGCACUCCAUAUUUUUCCCCCGCUAAACUCCAAUCCCAAAGUGCCAAUACCAAUCACAGUUAUCAGGUUGAACAGCUGCCAUCAUGUCUUGCAUUCCGGUUCAGUGCACUGGACUUCAUAGAAGAAUGCAUCACGUUAGUAUCCAAGUGAUGUGUUUAACCGGUAGAAGUGAUUUGUUGAUCUUUUACAAUGCUCGUUGCCUUUACAUCUCCAGGUAAUACUGAAGACCUUAUUUUAACAGCUGGAGAUUUCCUCUGUUACCGUCUCUUCCAGUGGUACACUUGCACUCAGAAAAAACAAAUUGUUUCUUUAUGUGUCCGUUAUAGUCUAAGAGCUAAUUCCUUUGCCCUACAUGUCUGCAUUUGUCAUAAUGUCUUCAGUCUAGGAGGUGGGUACCAAACGCUUUCCAGAAGUUGCAUGCUGGACUUUUUUUCAUAUUCUUUGCUUGGGAAUUUUAAAAGACGUACAAAGUGUCUGUUUUUUUUUAAAUGACUUAUAAUGUUUCUAUGAAUGGCUUCUAAAUAAAACUCCAAAUAACUUAAA